UUCUCAGCUGCCGUACUCCGUCUUUUCACGUGCGAACUAGGUUGUCAUGGCGGCUGUUCGGAAGCCGGUGCUGCUCGGGCUUAGAGACCUGGCAGUGCAAGGCAGCCCUACCGGGCCAAGUGCCUGGACUGCUAGCAAGCUGGGUGGCAUUCCGGAUGCCCUGCCUGCCGUAGCAGCGCCGAGGCCUGUGUGUGAACGCUGCAAGGAGCCACAAACUCUGGUCGUGCAGGUGUACUGCCCGCUGGAAGGCUCCCCAUUCCAUCGGCUACUGCACGUGUUCUCUUGCGCGCGCCCCAAGUGCGGCGACAGCGGGGCGCGCAGUUGGAAGGUGUUCCGCUCCCAGUGCCUGCAGGUGCAUGAGAAAGAGGCACAGAUAUUCUUCCAGAAACAAGAAAAUGGCCUUGUCGCUGAGAACUGGUGUGAAGGUGCAAAUGACUGGGGAAGUGACAGUGAGGAGGCGCCUCCACCACAGCUUACCUUGGAUUUUGUUCAUGAGUCUAACUCUGCCAAAGAUGCAGACUGCACUGCCCAGCUCCAAGACCUGCACCUGCAGGACACUGUCCUGGAUGCCACUCAUUCUGAACCUCCAGCAGAAGGGAUGGCCUUGCCUACUGUAGUGCCACAGUUCCUGCCCUACUACAUCUGUGUCGUAGAUGAGGAUGAUUACAGAGACUUGGUCAGUCUAGAUCAUGCCCACAGCCUUCUGAGGGACUAUCAACAGAGAGAAGGAAUUGGCAUGGAACAGUUGCUUUCCCAAAGUUUUUUUAGUGAUGGUAAUGAAAAAUAUGAGAAGACCAAAAUUAAAAGUGGAGAUCAAAUGUUUUACAAAUUCAUGAAGAGAAUUGCUGCUUGUCAGGAGCAGAUUUUGAGGUAUUCCUGGAGUGGAGAGCCACUCUUUUUGACCUGCCCUACAUCAGAAAUCACUGAUAUCCCAGCCUGUAGCCACUGUGGAGGUCAAAGAAUAUUUGAAUUUCAGCUUAUGCCAGCACUGAUCAGCAUGCUUCAAAGUGCUAAUUUAGAUCUUUCUGUGGAAUUUGGAACAAUUCUAGUUUACACAUGUGAGAAGAGUUGCUGGCCUCAAAAUCAUCAGACUCCCAUGGAAGAAUUUUGUAUUAUACAAGAAGACCCAGAUGAAUUACUGUUUAAGUAGAAAAUUCCCUUUUAUUUAUACAAAUUAAAACAAAUGUUAAUAUGCAAAUACAAGAGUUUACCUUAUUUAACUAUCAAGUUAUUAAUUUUUACUUGUUUAUUUUUUGUUUUGGUUUUCAUUGUUCAGGGGACAGAACCCAGGGCUUUGUGCAUGCUAAGCAAGUGUUUUGCUGCUGAGCUGCAUCCCCUGCCAUUGUUUAUUUAUUUUGUGGUGCUGGGGAUUGAACCCAGGGCCUUGUGCAUGCAAGGCAAGCACUCUACCAACUGAGCUGUAUCCCCAGCCCCCCGCCAUUAUUCUUGUUUUGUUUGUUCAUUUGUUUUGUGGUAGUCAGGAUUGAAUCCAGGAGUGCUCUACCUCUAAGCUACAUCCCCAGCCCAUUUUAUUUUUCAUUUUGAGAUAAGGCUUCAUUAAGUUGCCCAGGCUGGCAUCAAACUGUGAUCCUCCUACCUUAGCCUCCCAAGUAGCUGGGAUUAUAGGCACGCACCACCACGGAGGCUCAUAAUUCUUAAGUGUUGAUCUUUUUUUUUAUGUUGUGGCACUUGUGUGGGUAUUGGAGCCAGGGCCUCCUGACUGUGGGCUGGUCUGUCCUUCAGGGUUAAUGACUUGACUACACAGUGACAGGUCAGAAAGUGGCUUCUCUCCAGCCCAGAAGGCCAGUGUUCCCUGCACAGGCAUUCUCUUGGGCAUUCUAGGGAAAGUAGCUAAAGAGCCAAGAGCCUGAUUGGCCUAUUACUACCCUCCUGUCUCUACACCCCACUACACCCUACUGCCAGUCCUGGAUGCUGCCAAAGCAAAACACCCAGCCCACCUUGGCUACUUGAGGCUCCUGCCCUGCAACACUGACUGCUGGGACCUGUCCCUGGUUCUUGGCCCAUGAUCCCCUCCUGACCUCACCCACUUCUGCUCUCACUCUGGAUAUUAUCCCUCUGCCUAAAUGUCCACCUUUCCAGUCUCCCAUUUUUUCAUUCUGUUUCUAUUAUCAACCCUUUUCUGUCUGCUGCUCUUUGACAACAGUGUGAAAACACUCAUACUAGCCAUGUUCAGAGCUGUUCUUAGUCUGUGUAGAUGAGGAUGAUGAGACCCGGAUUAUCAAGGGAUGGAGUCCUUCUGAGUAGUAUGUGACUGGGGAAAAAUAUACCUGCUCCUGCUCCUGGGCAUAGCUGAGGGAAGGUGGCUGUAUGUAUACAAACUGGAAGUUCUCAGUGAGGCUUCAGGAAUGCUGAGUUUGCAGAGCUAAAGCUGAGCAUAGACCUGCAGAGGGAGCUUCUGUUUCUCUCUCAUGCUUGCACAGCAACUGCCAGUUUCCUUGUGGCAGUUACAUUUAGGCAGAGAUGGCCUUAGCUUGCUAGACCAGUUAUUCCAACUGGAACAGAAAGUAGACUGAUCAGAUUUAUAGGUGGAGUAUUUUGUAUUUAUUUAAAUAGAUAGUAAUCCCCUCCUUUGAUGUGAAAAAUGGAGAAAGUUGUUGCAUUAGAGUGUCUUUAAGGAUCAGAAGUUGAUAUAGUUUCAGAUAUCCUAGUUAGGUGUUAUGUUUCUGAUUUUUAAGAUGGAGACAAACUGCUUGCUGAUCAAACACAUCCUUGAAUCUAGAUAUAUAUACUAGAUUAUAGGUCUUAACCUAUGUAAGUAGAAUACAGAUUAGCAGGGGCAUUCCCAUGAUCCCAUUAAAAAAAUUUUUUUUUCCCCAAUACUGGAGAUUGAACCAGGGGUGCUCUACCCACUAAGCUAUACCCCCAGUUCUUUUCAUUUUGAGAUAGGAUCUCACGAAGUUGCCCAACCUGGCCUCAAAUCUGUGAUUACAGGCGUGUGCCACCAUACCUGGUACCAUAGAAUUAUUAUUGUGGCAUAUUGUGGAGAAAGCAAAAAAGUGAAACUGGCCAGGAAUGGUAGUGCAGGUCUGUAAUCCCAGUAUUUCCGGAGGCUAAGACAGGAGAAUUUCAAGUUUGAUUCUAGCCUCAGCAAUUUAGUGAGACCCUUUCUCAAAAAAUAAAAGAGAUUCAGGAUGUAGCUGAGCAAUAAAGCACCCCUGGGAUAAGUCCCUAGUACUAAAACAAAACAAGUAAAGUUCUGUUUGUCACUCCUUAAAUGACUUAGGCCUAGAAAGACACGCAGUAAACAUCCUGAUGAGUUGGACAGGGUUAUGGUAUAGGUGGGACUUCCAGUUUUUUACUUUUUUUUUUUUUUUUUUCUGAGAGGGGUACUGGGGAUUGAACUCAGGGGCACUCAACCAUUGAGCCACAUCCCCUGCCCUAUUUUUGUAUUUUAUUUACAGACAGGGUCUGACGGACUUGCUUCAGGCCUUGCUGCUGCUGAGGCUGGCUUUGAACUCAGGAUCCUCCUGCCUCAGCCUCUCAAAUCACUGGGGUUACAGACAUGUGCCACCUUACCUGGCUACAUUUUUACUUGUGUUCUAUUGUCACUUGUUAAGGUGAGCAAGCAUAUUACACUUUAUACAUAUGUGCACAUACACAUGCACCCAACAAACCCACAAAGAAAAGCAGAAGUCCUCAAUUAGGCACCAAGUAUAACCCAGGCCAAGAGAACACAGGACAGGCAGGAAAGAAACCAAAGAAAGUGAUUGAUUUACAGAGUGUCUGGAGAGGGAAGGAAGGUCAACCUCCUGAGGCAUCUUUUAGGUUUAGCUGUGGGGUGGAGCCUUGUGAGAGCCCAGCUAAUGGUGGAGAAGGACCAAGCAGCCCAUUACACAGAGGGGCCCUCCACCGUGGUUGACCCUGGUUCUUCUUCCACUUCUGCAUUAGAGCAACAGCCUGAGUCUUCCUCAUAGACCAGCUUGGUGUGGUUGCUGAACCCAGCAGCUGAAAGACCACAGAAGUCAAAAUAGUAUUUUUCUCCAUUUUUAAUGUUUUUCUACUUUCUUCUAAUAAGUUGUUUGUUGGAAGUGCUGGAAAUUGAACCCAGGUCUUCUCUCCUGCUAAGCAGUAGCUCUGCCACUGAUUUGCAGUCCCAGACCCAAUUUAUUUUUGUUUGUUUGUCUAUAUUUUUCUUCAUGGAGCAUGAGAAUUUGGGAAACAUAAAAGUUCAAAGAACUAAUAAAUAUUGUCUACAAUUCUACCACAUACCAAUACACAAAAUAGGGCUGGGGAUAUAGCUCAGUUGGUAGAGUGCUUGCCUUAUAUGUACAAGACCCUGGGUUCAAUCCCCAGCACUACACACACACACACACACACACAAAACCAAUACACAAAAUACUGUAACUUUUUUUUUCUUCCUGUCUUUUAUUUAUUUAUUUAUUCUUUUGUUUUAUAAAAUUUAAUCACAUUGUAUUGUUCCAGGAAAAUUUGGUAUAAAAGAACUGGCUCUAGUGCCAGGCAUGGUGGGGCACACCUGUAAUUCCAGCAGUUUGGGAAGCUAAGGCAGGAGGAUUGCAAGUUCAAAGCCAGCCUCAGCAAAAGUGAGGUGCUAAGCAAACUCAGUGAGACCCUGUCCCUAAACAAAAUACAAAAUAUGGCUGGGGAUGUGGCUCAGGGGUCAAGUAUCCCUGAGUUCAAUCCCCAGUACCAAAAAAAGAAAAAGAAAAAGAACUGGCUCUAAGGAUGCAGUGAGACUGAAGAAAGAGGCAUACAGAUCCAGGGUUACACAGAAGUACAAUUUAUUUAGGAUUUAAUGAUAGGAGUGUGGUCAAAUACAGCAGCAAGACCAAUGAAUUUGAGACUUGGGUUACAGGGAGGACUUAUAUAGUGGUCAGUAUCAAAGUGAUUUCAAAGGCUGGGAAUAUAGCUCAGUUGGUAGGGUGCCUCCCAAGCACAAGGACCUGGGUUCAAUCUCAGCACCAUAAAAGUGAUUUCAUUCAAGCUGGAAGAUACCAGGUUUAUCUCAAGCUAACAUCAAGAAUGUCAGGCACAUUCUAGCAGCACCAGGGGGUCCAGUUGAUCCUAAAGCCCACAUUUCUUUUCUUUUUUUUUGGGGGGGGGGCAGGUGCUGGGGAUUGAACCCAGGCCUCAUGUAUCAAGGCGAGCACUCUACCAACUGAGCUAUAUCCCCAGCCCUAAAGCCCACAUCUAAUUCUGCUGGUUUUGUUUGUUUAUAGAGUGAAAACAGACCUGGGUUACUCAGGAGCAGUCACGCAUGGUGUUUACAACUCAAGGUGGUCAUAGUCAGGAUAAGCUGAAUUCUUACAUGUUUAAAUAGUUUUCUAUAUCUUUUUCAUUUAACAUUUUAUUGUGAACAUCUCCCCCAUUGAUAUUUUCUCCAUGACAUAAUUUGUAAUUGAUGCAAAGUAUUUUUUUAAAUAAAUAUGAAAAACUUUAUACAAACUAGCCAUUUGUUUUAUCCAGUUUUUGUUAUGAUGACCAUCAAUCACUAAGAUUAAAUCUCUAUUUUUUGUGUGUGAAGGGGAAUUGAACCUAGGGGCACUUUACCUCUGAGCUAUGACCCCAACCGGUUUUACUUUUUAUCUUGAGACAAGGUCUUGCUAAGGUGCUUAAGUACUCACUAAAUUGCUGAGGCUGGCCUCAAACUUGCAGUCCUUCUGUCUCAGCCUCCCAAACUGCUGGGAUUAUAGACAUGUGCCACCACAC